AUGGCGGAAAAUAGAGAUGAAAUACUUGCUAAUUUUCAGGCUUGCACGGGUAUUGAUGAUGUUGGAGAAUCAAUUAUGCACUUAGAAGAAACAAACUGGGAUUUAUUAAAAGCAAUUAAUCAAGUGAUACCUCAAGAUACCAAUACUACAGAUGCAGAAUCUUCAAUGGAUAUAGAACUGAUUAAGGAAAUUAAGGGAAACGAACAGACAUACAAUGAUACAUUUAAUAAAAAAUCACAAGAUGAUGAAGUAAUUGUUUGUAGUGAUUCUAAAAUAAAUUUUCAAAAACUAUACAUACAUUAUUUUAAAUUUAAAAAAUUUUGUACAGUCUAUGUCGGCGUAAAUACUUCAGUUACUGGUCCGUCUACGUCUAAUUCAAAAGACAGGACAAAGACUCUUAAAUUUAUAAUUAAUUUUAAAGGCCGUUCAUUUGUAGUAAGUUUGCUAGAGAAUCAAACUGUAGCUGAUUUAAAAAAACAGAUAAACAAAGCAACCAAUGUACCUUUGUGUAGACAGUACUUAAUCGGAUGGAGAGAAUUUCCCAAAUCGGAUUCAUGCAGUUUAUCAUCGUUAAAUUUAUCCUCUGAAACAAAAUUAACAUUAAAUACCGUUGAAACAGAUCAUGAUGGUCAAAUGGAAACGGACAAUGACAUUGUCGAAGGACUAAAUUUAACUUAUACAUUACAUAUAAAAGAUGAAACGCACAAUAAGGUUCUUAGUUUAAAAUUUGGCGGAACAAAAUCUAUAUUAGAUAUUAAAUCUGCCGUUUAUUGCAUUACAAAUAUACCGGUCCGGUAUCAAGAAUGGUCUGGUUGGCCGGAAAGUAUAAAAGAAGACACAACAUUAUUAGGUUAUUCAGGAGUUGAUCAUCCCGUUCAUUUUUUGUUUUUAAAGUCUUCUGAAAUCGAUGAGAAAAAGAAGCACAAAAGAAAUUUAAACAUAGAUGAUUCCGAAGAUAGUUCCGUAGAAGAAUUUGAAGAUGCCACAGAGUCUUUUACUGCUGAUGAUGAUUUUAUAUCUGAUACGAGAUCAAGGAGAUUACAGCCUCUUAUUCCUGAUAUGGUCGAAGAUGAAACAGCUGGUUGCCUUCACUUUGCUGAUGAAUUUACUAGUCGGUACGGUGCAUUACAUCCCGAAUUUUUUCCCGGUACUUUAGAAGAUGCUAUUAAAGAGGCUUGUAUGAAACCAGCCAGGGAGAGGCGAUUGCUAGCUCUUUACCUUCAUCAUGACGGAAGUGUUCUUUCCAACGUCUUUUGUACUCAAAUUUUAUGCUCUGAAUCCGUUAUUCAGUGUCUAACUGCAAACUUCGUCGUUUGGGGCUGGGAUCUUACGUUUGAAUGGAAUAAUUUAAAAUUUUUAGCUUCUUUAACAAAAUGUUUGGGUGGUGUGGCGACGUUUCAAAUCAAAAACAUACCACAAGAAAGGUUACCCGCAAUUGUUAUUAUUAGUAGAACUAGAUCAGUAACCGAAAUCACUGCCGUUAUUCAAGGUAACGUUGAAGUAAAUGAAUUAAUGGCUAAUUUGACUGAAGCCGUGGAUGUUUUUACAAUGCAACAAAAAAUUGAAAUAAAAGAAGAGGAUGAAAGAACUGCGAGAGAAAUGAUAAAGUUCGAACAAGAUGCUGCUUACAGAGAGUCAUUAGAAAGAGACAGAGCUAAAGAAGAAGCAAGGAAGCAGCAGGAAAUGAUAGAAAAUCGGGAAAAGGAAAAAGCAGAAAUGCAAAAAAAAUUAGAAGAANNNUCAAGGUUAUCCACAUACAGAAUAUAA